AUGAACAAUGAAGAUUUUAACGCCGAUGAACUCCUCACUUUCGUCGCCUAUAGAUCAAGUAUUCUGAAACGCCUUGGACGUAUGAUGUGUCAUGCCGUUGCUCUCAGCCAAGGCGGCUGUGUAGAGAUAAACAUUGAACAUUUUGGCACUGAUUCUCUCCUCACCUACAUUGCUGAUAGAUCAAGUAAUUUGAGACACCUUGGACUUGCUAAGUGCGAUCAAAUAACGGGCAUGGGACUGUUCACAGAAGCCAUGAAACUUCCAUUGCUUGAAGACCUCGAGCUUUCAUACUGCUUAAUCAAAGGAAAGAAUUUGGAAGCUAUAGGCUUCGCUUGCCUGCAUUUGAAGACAUUGAAGCUAAACUGUCAAGGUUUCAAGUUCCCCGGCUUUACGUAUGAUCAUGAUGCCCUAGGCAUUGCUAAAAGAAUGCCCGAACUGCGAUGUCUCCAGCUUUUUGGGAACAGAGUAUCAGACGUAGGGUUGAACGCGAUUUUCGACGGUUGUCCUCACCUGGAACACCUCGAUUUACGUCAGUGUUUCAACAUUAAUCUUGUAGGGGAUCUGGAGAAGCGUUGUAUGGAGAGGAUCAAAGAUUUGAGACGCCCCAACGAUUCAACUGCUGAUUACCCAUAUGAUACAAGUUUGCUCGAUCUAGGCAUUUGA